UCCACAAAAGCAGCUGCGGCAACUGCGAGGAGUCUGAAACGCAGCUUUAGAUCCACUUUUUUUUUUCAUAGGCGUACAGUAGCAGUAGUUCAUUGACUUCUGUUUAUUUACUUGAUUUACUAGAUGUUAUGCAGCAAAACACGUGUUUAUGUACACAUCGCACUGGUCGUGUCCCAGUCCGUGUGUCAUUAAAUUCCACCUUUUAAACAUGAUUGAUAAGGCUUCUGUGACGUCAGUUGCAAGGCAAGUUAGUUUACCUGCCCACAGCUAUACCGUCCUGUGUCUCCUGGAGUUUAGGAAUCAAGAGGUACUUUAAAUCUACGUGGAUUGCACUCAAAAGUGAAAGCGUUCCUCCGUGGGUUCCUGUGAAAAAUGGGUGCACUGCAAACCUUCAGGGAGUUCAGUGUUUUAGGAUGGCUAAGAGAAGGCAGGCAAUCGAGGAGGCUAAUUCUUCUUAUCGUGUUCGUUGCACUUCUGCUGGACAACAUGCUCCUCACUGUAGUCGUGCCCAUUAUCCCCAGCUACUUGUACACAGCAGAUCACAAGGCCACUCCAGUGAAAAACCAGACGGCCAGUCCUGGGCCAGACUCUGUGCCCUCCUCAAACACCUUUCAAAAUAUCUUCUCCUACUAUGACAACUCCACCAGGCUACCUGGCAACGCCUCUGAGGAGACAUCCCAAAGAACAGCCCUUUUCUCCUACACCACCACCAGCAGCCCCGUCACCAAUGCCACUGAAGACCCAUCAGACUGUCCCAAAAAGGACAAGCGUCUCUUAAAUGAAAAUGUGAAAGUGGGUUUACUGUUUGCUUCAAAAGCCACCGUGCAGUUGAUAACUAAUCCGUUCAUUGGACCUCUGACCAACAGAAUAGGAUACCAGAUUCCUAUGUUUGCUGGCUUUUGCAUCAUGUUUCUUUCCACUGUCAUGUUUGCUUUUUCUGAAAGCUAUACUUUACUUUUCCUGGCGAGGUCUCUGCAGGGAAUCGGCUCCUCCUGUUCAUCAGUGGCAGGUAUGGGGAUGCUGGCUAGUGUCUACACGAAUGAUGAGGAACGAGGGAAUGCCAUGGGGAUUGCAUUAGGAGGCCUGGCUAUGGGAGUGCUGGUUGGCCCCCCCUUUGGCAGCGUGAUGUACGAGUUUGUGGGGAAAACGGCACCUUUUCUGAUUUUAGCAGCAUUGGCACUGCUCGAUGGAGCUUUGCAGCUUUUUAUUCUGCAGCCAUCAAAGUCAGAACCUGAAAGCCAGGAGGGAACAUCACUCUUUGCACUUUUGCGGGACCCUUAUAUCCUCAUUGCUGCAGGAUCCAUAUGCUUUGCUAACAUGGCCAUCGCAAUGCUAGAGCCAGCACUGCCAAUAUGGAUGAUGGAGACCAUGUGUUCAAGAAAAUGGCAACUUGGCGUUGCUUUUGUCCCCGCCAGCAUCUCCUACCUUAUUGGAACCAACAUCUUUGGCGUUCUUGCUCACAAAAUGGGAAGGUGGCUUUGUGCCUUGAUCGGAAUGGUACUUGUAGGAAUAAGCAUCUUAUGUGUACCUUUUGCCAAAAACAUAUAUGGGCUCAUUCUACCAAAUUUUGGAGUUGGUUUUGCCAUUGGCAUGGUGGAUUCUUCAAUGAUGCCUAUAAUGGGUUACCUCGUUGACCUGCGCCAUGUUUCUGUCUAUGGAAGUGUGUAUGCCAUCGCAGAUGUAGCCUUCUGCAUGGGGUUUGCAUUGGGCCCUUCCACUGGUGGUGCGAUUGCUCGGAGCAUUGGGUUUCCCUGGUUGAUGACGAUCAUUGGGAUCAUUGACAUACUCUUUGCGCCACUCUGCUACUUCCUCAGAAGCCCACCAGCCAAGGAAGAGAAAAUGGCUAUCUUAAUGGAUCAGAAGCACCCAGUCAAGACCAGAAUGUACACUCAGAACAGCAUGCAACCAUACCCUCUGGAAGAUGAAGAGUCUGAAAGUGACGAAUAACAGGAGCCAUAUGUGUAUGUUACCCCUCAGAAUAUCUAUUUUGUUGUACAAACAAAGCAGUGUUUAUGUGAACGUCCCAUUUUAAAUGUGCGGUGUCAAUAUAGUGUACUAUUGAAGCAUACCAAAGCUGUUUUUAUUGCCAGUGUUACAGCUGUUUUUGUUAUUCUAUAUAAAAUAAGUAGCCGCCAGCCUUAUAAAACUGAUGUUAAUGUAUUUAUGGAAGUAAUUUACUGCUGGGAGAAGAAAAACAAAUUAAAUCAAGUCUUUGGUUUUCUUUAAAUAUAGCCUAUAUUUUUAAUUAUAUAUUUGCAGGUGUAAGUAAUGUAAAUCUGAUAGUGGCAUUGUAAGUGAAAAGUCGAUACAUUUUUACGUUUUUAAUUGUCUGUGAUGGGUUUAAAUACAGCAGAGUGUGGUACACUUUCGAUACAUGAUUUUCACUUCUUCUGUUACAUUUAAUAGGAUCCCAAUUGAGUUUUACCCUCCCAUUAUAUGCUGUACACAGGAAACAAUGGUGCUGGUGAGGUCAUAUUUACUGCAAAACUGUUUUUUAAAUUGUUUUAGUUGUGUAGUGAACACUUCAAAAUCAAUAUGAGAAUACAUUCUGGAAAACAAAUGCAGUUAAAUUACUGAUAAAAUGAUCAAGAAAAUGUGUUUCAUAUCCUUGUCUAUUACAAUUUAAAGGGCACAUAAGGACCUUUUUAUUUUAUUAUGUUAC